GAUUGAAUUGAAUUCGAUCGAAUGAAAGAAAGUGAUUCUAGUGAAUAGUUGCAGAUGAUCUUUAUUUAGAUUUGCAAUUUGCAAUCAUGAUGAAACGGAUUCAUAGUUUUUUCUGGUCCAUGUAGUUUUGUUUUGUUCUUUUUCGCCAUAUGUCGAUAGUUGCAUUUUUCAUGCAUGUGUUCAUUCAGUGAAUAUGGUGAUGAGAAUUGGCUAAGUGAAUACUAUUGGCAGGAUUCUGUGUACAGUAUCCAGUGGAUACACCAUAGGCUAUAUAAUUGUCUGUUGUUUUGUGAUGCAACAAUCUGAUUCAUUUACAUCAUUUUCUCAUCCCAUUGCGGCGAAUUGCCCUUGUGAUCGGCGAAAUUUGUACUUUUUCUUUCAACACUCACACCAAAUCAUUCGAUCUGAUUCUUUCAGAAUCCUGUUUGUGUGUGUGUGUUUGUCUGGUUGUCAUUCUUGGUAUAGUUGUUGCUGAGGAAAGUACCUGACAAGAAUAGAAUGUCAAUCAACUGGGACAAGAUGGCAACCCCAUUAUCAAACGACUUGUUUCAUAAGGAAAAUCUUGCCGUAGUUCUGUAUGGCCAAAACGACAUUCGUCUUGAACAGUGGCCGUUACCCGAUAAGCUUGAGAAUGAUGAAGUUCUACUACGAUCGCAUAGUACCGGCAUUUGUGGUACUGACCUUCAUUUAUGGCGUCAAGCUCAAGUAGCUGAUUUCCGUUUGCAACGUCCAUUCUGUUUGGGUCAUGAACCAUCGGCUGUGGUCAUGAAAUGUGGUUGCAAUGUUCAUCAUCUAAAACCGGGUGAUCGUGUUGCUGUUGAACCGGCCAUCCCGUGUUUGAAAUGUGACCGAUGUCGUUCAGGUCGCUACAAUCUUUGUCCGGUAUCCAAUGAACAAUCACAUGGCCUACCGAAUUCCGACGGUUCAUUACGUCGUUAUUACACACAUCGUGCAGAUUUCUGUUUCAAAUUACCUGAUUCCAUCUCAUUGGAAGAAGGUGCAUUGAUUGAAGCAUUGGCUGUAGUGAUUCAUGCUUGUCGUCGGGUCAAGAUUCAACCCGGUGAUUCGGUUCUAGUCUGUGGUGCCGGUCCAGUUGGUGUAAUGGCCAUGUUGGCUGCCAAAGCAUUUGGUUCGAAUCGUGUCUGUGUGACCGAUAUCAAACAGACUCGUUUAGAUUUGGCCCAACAAAUGGGUGCCGAUCAUUGUUAUUGGAUUGAUUUGUCACAAAAAGAUUUGAAUGAAAAAGAUCGUGCUGCACACAUUGUCGAGAUGAUGGGUCGACCACCAGAUAUUACGCUAGAAUGUACGGGCGUUGCAUCAUCACAAUCGAUGGCCAUUCACGCAACUAAACACGGUGGUCGCAUUGCUAUCGUGGGCCUAGGACCACCAUCGAACGGUAUCCCAUUGUCGACAAUGACCAUGAAAGAAAUUGAUUUGAUUGGUGUUUGUCGCAUUAAAGACGACUAUUCAUUGGCAAUCGAACUGAUUGACAGUGGUAAAAUCAAUGUAAAACCAUUGAUUACACAACGUUUUCCCAUUGAACAAUCAUUAGAAGCGUUUCAUUUACUUGGUUCAGCCGGUAACGACCAAAGUGUUGUGAAAGUAUUGAUACAAUACAACGACGAUUGAAUUGAUUAGUUGCAAUCGUCACUGAACUGAACUGGACUGAAAACAAAACCAAAGAUAUUUUCAAACAAAAUCAAUUGUUGUCCCUAGUACUUGACUAGAUUGAGAACAAUUUCUAUAAUCAAUCAAUUAAUGAUUAAUUGAAUCAAUUAAAUAAAUAAACUGGUUUAUCAAUAUCA